AUGUGUGACCAGAUCCGACCGGAGGAGAGCCACCGCCACGCCGCUCCAGCAUCGCCGCUCGCUGUGGAGGCCAUUCCGCGCGCCUGCUUCUACGAACACAAGUCGUACGUGAUCGCCGGUGGCCUGGGCGGCUUCGGCCUGGAGCUCGCCGACUGGAUGGUGACUCGCGGAUGCCGCAAGCUCCUGCUCACCUCCCGUUCUGGGCUGAGGACCGGAUACCAGAAGCUGUGCCUGCACCGAUGGCGUGCCGUCGGCGCCGAGGUGCGCGUGAGAAACGCCGAUGUCGCGACCGACGAAGGAGCUCGAGCCGUCAUCGAAGAAGCCGCGUCCAUGGGACCCGUCGGCGGGAUCUUCAACCUCGCGAUGGUGCUUCGCGACGCUCUCAUCGAAAACCAAACUGUCGAGGCGUACGAAGCCGUGUGCAAGCCGAAGGUGACCGGCACGCAGCUCCUUGACCAGGCAUCGCGACAGCUGUGCCCGCAGCUCGACCACUUCGUCGUCUUCUCGUCCGUGGCUUGCGGACGCGGCAAUGUCGGUCAGACGAACUACGGCUACGCCAACUCCGUCAUGGAGCGAAUCUGCGAGCGCCGCGUCGCAGACGGACUUCCCGGGUUGGCCAUUCAGUGGGGCAGUGUUGGCGACGUCGGAGCAUUCAGCGAGAUCCUGGGCGACGACGUGGUUCUCAGUGGCGCCGUGCCGCAGGACAUCAGGUCUUGCAUGGCGGUGAUGGACCAGUUCCUGGGCCAGAGACACCCGGUAGUCUCCAGCUUGGUGAGGGCCGACCAGCCCCGCAAAUCGGACGGCGGGGAAGCGCAGGACCUCUUGCUUUCUGUCGCUCGCAUACUCGGCAUCAAGGAUACGUCGAGCCUGAACCCGAACAUCAGCCUCGGCGAGCUCGGUAUCGACUCCCUGAUGAGCGUCGAGGUGAAGCAGACCUUGGAGCGGGACUACGACCUCACGCUGUCCAUGCAAGAGAUUCGGCAACUCACCAUUGCCCGCAUUCGGGAUAUUAGUGAAGGCAGCAAAGGCGAAUCAUCCGCGUGUGAAUCAGCUGGUGCGGCAGAAUGAAGAUUAAGUGUGCAGCACUACUGCCGCACUUCGUCCGUACCCUAAAUUAACAAAUGGGAUCGGGUGAUGCCUUCUUGCUGAAACAAAAACGUGCACCGACACAGGAAACAAUGUAUUCUUUUCACUCUUUAUG